UCCACAGUCUUAUCCCAUAAAUCCCCACCCAUUCUCCUACUCCAACACUCACCACCCAGCUACCAGGCCACUAGCAGAAGCAGUAGAAGCACCAUGGCCUCCACAGCUCCUCUGGCUACCAUUCUUUUGGCCUUGCUACCAUCUCUCUUCCUCAUCGCUCCUGGCGCUGUUGCCCAAAAAGCGCCAGCCCCAGCACCAGCAGGCCCGAUCAAUCUCACAGCCAUCCUUGACAAGGGCGGCCAGUACACCACCUUCAUUAGACUCCUGGGAUCCACACAGGUCAUAAACCAGAUCGAGAACCAGCUCAACUCAUCUACUCAAGGCCUGACAGUGUUUGCUCCCACCGACAAUGCAUUCAGCAACCUGAAGGCCGGCACGCUCAAUGGACUGAGCGCACAGGAUCAAUCUGAGCUUAUAUUGUACCACGUCUUGCCUCAGUACCAAAGCAUGGUCUCCUUCCAGACCAUUAGCAACCCUGUCCGAACUCAGGCGGGCAGCGAAGGCGGAUCUCUGGGUCUCAAUUUCACUAGCAGCGGCAACCAAGUGAACGUCUCAACUGGGCUUGUCAACACCCAAGUCAACAAUGCUCUUCGGCAGGACCCGCCAUUGGCAGUCUACCAGAUCGAUAAGGUGUUGCUACCGCCGGAGCUCUUCGGAGUGAAGUCUAAGGCAUCGGCUCCACAGCCUUCGAAAACUCCCUCGGAUGCAUCAUCCAACAAGACCUCACCAGCAACAGUUGCAUCAUCAGCCAAGGGGCCGUCGUCCGCGGAUGAAAGUUCAGGUUCCAACGGGUUGACAGUUGGAUUGGGCUUGGUCGUCGGAAUUGGGUUGAUGUGCCUGGGAUUUCUCUCAUGAGAGCUGAAGAUGGAGGAUAUCUAGUUAUUUAUUGUUUCUUCUGGGGAUCGGCGUUUGGCAUGUGUACCUACAUUCAUGUGUCUUGUGUUCUUAUUGUUUUCUCUCUCUCUCUCUCAAUAAUUUAAUAGUAUGUAAUACAGAUUUUUUUUGUGUGAGUGUAAUACAGAUUUGAACUUCUAGAAUUUAGGGUCAGAUCUUUUGGCCUUUUGAAUUCGUUUCUGUAGCAUUUUGGUGUAUAAUGCAACGAUCAAGAUGAAGAUGGGCAAGACAAUUCGACCUUUUUGAUGCUUAA